AUGGUAAAAGGCUUACUAUCGCGUACCUUGUCUGUCAUUAAAAGCAUAAUGGUGUUCAUGAAUUUUCUUUCUUUGUUUGCAGGUCUUAUUCUUAUUGCAGUAGGCUUUUAUGUCUAUAGCACCGAAGAACAAAUUACGCACAUUACAGCUUCUCCGAUGCGAUAUCAUCUUCCAUAUGCAAUGAUAACAUUGGGUGGAUUGAUUUCGCUUGUUAGCUUUUUGGGGUGCUAUGGUGCCGCCAAUGAGCAACCCGUUAUUCUGACCUUUUAUUUUGGGAUUUUAUUCAUAUUGGUCGUUUCGCAAAUCGCCAUAGGAAGUUUGGCAUUUUCUUAUAGACAAGACGUCGAUUCAAUUCUUGAUAAAACUUGGUCCACAGCCUUUCAAGAGAACCCCAAACUAAUCAUCAAUCUUGAAAAAUAUCUUCAAUGCUGUGGAUUCGAUGAUCUAAAUGACCGUGCCGUUCCUCUCAAUUGUUCUCGAGAAUUUAAAUUUGGUGUUCCGUGUCACGAUAGCAUGCGAGAGGCAUUGAUGAACAGCUUACAGACCAUUGGUGUUGUAGGUAUCGCCUUGGGAAUCGUGGAGCUUACAGGACUUUUGUUUGCCGCCGUGCUCUUUAUACGUCUUUCUGAAACUGAAGAUGAGGCUAAACAAGCUUUACUUGACGAGACACGUUUGUUAGACCAAGAAAUUAGUAAUACCUAUCAACGUCGCAGAAUGUACACAAUAGGAUGA